AGGAAAGACAGAUAAGUAAAGUGGCUUGGGUCAUGAAACUGAGUCCACAGCAAGCUCCGUUAUAUGGUGAGUGUGUGCUGACAGUCCAGCUGUGUGAUGAUGAGUGCGGUGAGGAAGAGGAGGAGGUGGAGUUCUAUCUGCUGUUCGCAGGCUCCACUCAGCGGCAUUUGGCUAGCACCCUCCGGAUCAGUCAGGUCACCCUGCAGGCCAUCUGUCCAGCUCAUGACUCCAGUGAGGUGGUGCAGGUGACCCUGUGUUCUGCGCGGCCGGGUGGCUCGGUGGAUGCCCUGGCUGAAGAAUGUUUCCAGUUUGUGCAGGACCUGGCCUGGGACAUGGCCCAGUUCCUGGUGAGCAGGGCUGGCGGUGGUGGUAGCGAAGGCAGCCAGGAGGGGGCGCUGUUGCUGGACGAGUGUCAGAUCCCCCUGCAGGAAUGCGAGUGGCUGGACUCCAACCUGGCGCAGGCGCUGCGGCACCUGCAGCUGCCACACGGCUGGAGUGUGCUGGACACAAAGAUGGGCGUGCACGCCGACGACACUCCGGUGGAUGCACCUCUGAGCAUAGACGACCGUCCUCACGUCAGCACAGGACUGGGCGGCGGGCAGCCGGACACCCUCCUGCACUUCGCGGCGCGGCGAGGUCUCCGUCAGGUGGCCCUGUUCCUGCUGGAGCAGCCGGGCGGAUGGGAGGCGCUAGGACACCCCAACCAGCACGGACGCACGCCGGCACGGGAGGCCCACAAGCACGGACACACACAGCUGCAGGAGCUGCUCUCUGACCAGGAAGAGCUCUCGUCUCUCUCGUCUCUUUCGGACACACGCAGGUCCAGGGAGCGCCACGUCUACCCAGGAGGCCGAGGGUGUCUGCACCACCACCCCGAUCUCGACACCUACACGCUCACGCAGCGCGUCUGCCCGGGCAGCCCCCCUCCCACCUUACAGAGGGAGGUCCAGGACUUUCAGAGGCUCAUCCAUCGCCACCGAGAUGGAGAGGGUGACGUGGAGCUGCAGCAGCAGUUAGAGAAGCUGUAUCCUGCCACAGGAAACCGCGACGAUAGAGCCGGGAAGGGUCGAGCCAACGGCUCAUCACGCCGCACGCCCAAACGCAAGCGAGGCAAGAAGGGCCAACACAACAACAACAACAGCAGCAGCAGCAGCAGCAGCAGCAACACAGAGACCCACAGAACCGCAGACCCGUCCCCGGGGGUCCCGAGAACCGAGUCCACGGCCAACCAUGUCAGCGUGGCGGCCGCCAGCCGCGGGCUCUGUUCAAACGGGGAACGAGCAAGGGAAGGCACAGAGGAGGAGACGAGGGCUGGACCUGACAGAGAGCCACCGUCAUCGCCACCAGCGGAGGCUGUAGAGGAGCACCGCGGCGCGGCGGAGGUCAGUAGGGAGACGGAGAGGCGGCCGCCCCAGGUGUCUGUUUCCGGGGCCAGCCCAGCAGGACAGAUAGAGGAAGCCGAGAGCGAGGAGCGCACAGUUCGACACGCGCCGCCACAGCUCGCACCCGACAGGCGGUCGCCAUUGCUACCACCACCACCACCACCAGUAGUCACAGCAGCGGCAAAAGAGCAGCCAAAACAGGAAGAGAGAAGUGAGGGGGGAGAGGAGAGCUCAACCGCAGACUUCACCAUGGGCCAAGCCCAGACCCAGCAACCGCAGGAGGAGCAGGAGGAGCCUGGAGGGGGGGAAACGAGAGACGGAGGGAGGGGGAACAAGAGUACAAAAGUUCCGCUCAGUCACGCGAGUGAGCCACAGACGAGCGGCACACUCAGGACGCAGGAAACAGAGCCGGACUCAGCCGCCGCCGACGACAACGCCAUGCAGCCGACGCCUCUCACAGCCACAGCGGUCGGCAACGGUCACCAGGAAGACCCGAGCACAUGGAGAAUCGCUUCCAGAGGAGCAGAGGACGUUCGUCUCGGUUCUCACGCCGAACGGUCGGACGGCAAGUGGCCAGAGGAAAAGGAAAUGGCCGAGGAGGAGCGGGCAGACUUGGCCGACGCUCCUGAGGAAAGCACAGAGACUCAGUUGGUGGAGAACUGGACAGACAUGGGAAAAGAGCCGACUGGAGCGGUCGAGGAAGGGGCAGAGAAGGCGGGGGAGCCCGGUGAGACGGCUGGUCAGAGGACUCUCAGAUUGGACGCACACACAGAGGACGGCGGCAGAACAGAGAGCGACACACAUGGCCGCGUCUCCGGAUCUCCUAGCGGGCAGCAGGAAAUGGCCUUGACCGCCAGCCUCAGCGAGAAGCCCCUUCUCAGCACUGAACCUUCGCCUGAGAUGGGAUCGAACAGCGCAAGCCAACAUGCCAUUAGCAACCAAGGAGACGCACUCAGCGACGACAAAAGCUCUCACGGACUCACAGACACACACACGGACAGAAGCCUUAAAGAAACGUUGUCCAGUCCAGUUGAGGAGCAGUUGGAUCUGUCUGUCAGUCUUGGACCUGGAGUGGCUACUGGACCGGACCACUUGCCUGAACUGGAUGGUACCAACUGGGCUCCAGUGUCCUCACAGGCCUGUGUGAGUGGACAGGAGAGUCCGGGGAACCUUGGUAUCGCCGAGACAAGUGACGGAGACGUGUCCAGUGAGGGAACUAAUCGGAUCACGGGGACUGAAUGCGCAGAGACGACGCCCACAGAUCGAAAUGCAGACAAGGAAGAGCAGUCCAAUCACAGCCUGGAGGGGGAAGAGCAGGGCUGUGAUUGGUCUGUUCCUGCACACCUCUCAGGUGAGGUGCAGGAGCUGUCGUACGCCGCAGUGGUGAAGCGGUGCUUGACGUCUGAGCAGGACGAGGGAAAGGAAGAGGGAGAGAGCGAAGAGGAAAGAAAACAACAACAGGACAAUGAGGAGGAGAAGUGCACAGUUCCGGAGGAAUUCCCCCUCUCGCCUGUACCCUCAGGAGAACCCGGAAAGCACUCUGAGCAGGACUCCUCGGCAGGCUCUGAGUCGCCCACACACACAGAGCCGGACGCACACACAGGUGCUGGAGCUUUUUCACACACCGAGCAGGACGAGCACGCAAGCGCUCUCACACACACGCAGCCACACACACCAGGUGCUGAACGUUUCACAGACUCUGAGCCACACACACCAGCAGGUGCUGAAUCUGACACACGCACAGAGUUGGACGACAGGGUGGUCACUGAGUCACACACCGCUCCCGAGACUGACCAGAGAGCAGAGGAGGAGGUGGUUGUUUCCGCUGAAGAGGGGGAGCUGAACAGACCAGAGCAGGCGACAGAAAUCAUCGCAAGAGGAACUAGUCCUAAAGCACAUGCAGCACAGAGUCAGGGGACGGUUCCUGAAACGCUGACCGCAGAGACCGAGAAAAAAGUUCCUGAAACACACAUAGUACAGAGCGAGGGAACGGUUCCACAAAAGUAUCCGAGCGAAGGGAUGGGUUCUAUGACGGACAGAACCCAGAGCGAAGGGGGCCAUCUUGGCUCUCAGCCAGGGCAGAGUGACGAGGCUCCUCUUGAAAUUCUCCCAGUACAGAGGGAAGGGACUGAGUCUUUGGCACAGCCACUACAAAUGGACGGAGGAGCCGCCGUCUUACCGCACACACAAGAUGGAGGUACGGAAGCCCCUCAGGAACACACAGACUUGAGUUUAGCUCCGGAUGCCGAUUCUGGAGAGGAGGGGUCCAGCGAGAUGCUCUCCACUCCUCUGUGGGAAGAGGAUGAAACGGCCGCCGAGUCCCAGGUGGAGUUGCGGAGUCCAGGGAAGCGGAUGGCCGAAGAAGGACGAGGCUCAUCCGAAGACGCAGAGGGCCAUGGGUCACUCGAGUUUGGGCUCUCCGAGACUCGACAGGGCUCACAGAGAACCGAAACUCUGGCCUCCUGUCAGCAUGGACAGGCAUCUUCUGAGUGUGGGUUGUGUGUGUGUGAUGAUGGACCUGUGGCCCCAGCGGAGCAGCCGUCUCCAGAGGGGUCAAGGCCAACGGAAGGUUCCAGUAUGGAAUGGGUUCAGGUUGCUACAGAGACUGCAGUCGAGGGAUGUAGUGAGGAUUCUGAGUCACUCGAUAGGAGUGAGAAGGGUAUUGAAGAUUCUAAAGGGGAGAGUGUAUGUAGGGAGGCAGACACACACACCCUUGCUGGAGGUCUGCACCCCAACCCUCCAGAAGAGGCCUCCGGCAGCACCAGGGGUCCUGCUGUAGAGCCAUGCCCAGUGGAGCUCACCCUUUCUGGGGAUGCACACGCUGAGGCCCCCUGCCUCAAAGCUUCAGAGAGCAGUGUUGAGGACACCGACGCAAACACAAGCCUAAAUGAGACAAAGACUUACGCAGACACAACUGUAAAUGAGACUGAAUCUCACACACACACAUCCCAGACAGAGACAGAGAGACACACACACACAUCCCAGCGCGAGACUUGCACACACACACUCGUGAACGACUCAGAGGCACAUGCACACAAGAGCCCAAGUGACACGGACACUCACACACACUUGAUCUCGAACAAGAUGCAAACGGACACACACACGAGCCAAAGUGAUCCCCAGGCACACACACAGCUGAACCAAUGCAAAUCAGAACCAGUAGCAGACGGUGCUGACCCAGACACGGAGGCCCGAGUGGAUACUCAGGCCGACAGCUCUGUGGAUGUAGACCUUGUUCCGGAUGUCGUUGAUGAGGCGUGUCCCGACGACUCCUCCCAGGACGUCACCCAGGAGUCUCAGGACACACACCUGAGCUCGCACAGGGAGCUGGAGACACACACACUCCCACAGUCAGGAGCUCACCUGGAGACACACACCCAUCUGGACAGAGACACACUCCCGGAGUCAGGAGGUCACCUGGAGACAAGCUCCACACUAGGAGCAGAUGUAGGGGACAGAGGAUUAAUGAACACUUUAGAUGGAAGUGAGGAACCCACAUCAAUGAUGAAAACAAAUGAGAUCCACAGACAGACGGAGGUGUUUUAUGCAGUGGACUCCUGUCCAAAAACGGACUUGCAGAAUAGCAGCAAGGAACGUUCCGAUGUCCCGAUGUGUCCAGCUUCAGAGAGGGUCUCUGUUGGGUCAGAUGUCCCGAUGGACUCACUGGCAGAUGGGGACACUGUACCUAAGGUGGAAACUGUAGUUCCAGCUGUGGACAGGUGCAGUGAGGUGUCCUCGCCCACUCCCUCCACAGAUGACCCUCCCAGCGUCCCCCGCCGUGACCCCGUGGACGCUCUCGCCAGGGCCAGCUGGAGCUCGACGGACUCGUGGCAGGGCACGGCGGGCACUGUGUCCUCACCCAUCUCCACGGAGUUAGAGGAGUCUGAGCGCAAGGACCGCGUGACUGAGGUGCCCGCCCUCUCAGCCCUGCUGCGCCCCGCCAUUCGGCCGCUCUCGCCCUUCCGCCGCCAUAGCUGGGGGCCGGGCAAAGCGCCCGCGGGCGAGCCGUCGGAGCCUAACGCCGCCCAGCGCAACAGCACUGCUGUCCGCAGUCCUGGUGGAGGCAGGGCUACAAAGACCACAGGCCACAGAAGAAGUGUGAGCUGGUGUCCUUCAGAUAUCCUCCGUCCAGCGGUGGAGGAGAUUGGGAACAGAAGCUCCAGUUUAGAGGGCCUGUCUGCGGAGCAGGAGGACACAGGUGGGGCUCUAUCCCCAGGUGUAGUGACGGAGACGGGCCGUUCCCGGGAUGCGGUGCGGGCCGACAGGGGAAGCUCUCUCGUCUCGCUGACCGAGGAGGAGCAGGAGUCAGACAUGGGAGAGUGCAGUAGCCUAGACAGCCAGAAGUCAAUCGGACUCCUCAGAGCCUUGAAGAGACCUCCUUCACACCCACUUACCAAGUCUCGCUCCCUGGUGGCUAUUAGUCCCAAAGAUCUGGACGUGAUGGGACGCGUGCGACCAAAGAGGCGAAUCUCCUUCUCCUUCAGCAUCUCUCCACUCCUCCCCAAAUCUAAAACACUCUUUUCUAUUGGCUCUUCAUCCAGCGAUGAGGAGGAGGCAGUCAGUAAGUAA